ACGCAGCGUACGUGAUUUCUAAAUCGUUUUCACCAGAGAAGUAAUGAUUAGAGCUAGAACUGAAGGUUAAUUAUUAGCAGCAGAUCGUAGAGGCUACAUUAUGACUAUCACCUGCUAUCAUUACUGUCUGUAAAAAUUUCAUUGUGUAACAUGAUGACUACUAUUGUUCCACACAGAUGAAUUCAACAUGGGAUCGCUCAACAACUACUAAUGGAAUACCAUACUUCAUAAAUCACUCUACUGAGCAGACACAAUGGGAUCAUCCAGACCUGGUGAAGGCUAUGGAGAGUCUAGAAGAGCUCGGGAGUAUUCGCUUCGCAGCUUACCGAACUGCAAUGAAACUACGGACACUGCAAAAGGUUUUGCGAUUGGAUUACGUGAAUCUGCGUAUGAUUCGUAUAGCAUUUGAUCAGUGUGGUUUUCGACUCCUCAACAACACUGUGAUGGAUGUAGGGCAACUGUACGGCAUCAUCUACGACAUCUUUACAAUGUGCCAUGAGCGAGGUCACCCAGAUGUCAGAGUUGAUCAGUGCUCGGAUCUCCUCCUUAACUGGAUUCUUAACCUUUAUGACAGAGCAAGAACUGGAUGCCUUCGAGUUAUAUCUGUCAAGAUUGGAAUUGUCUGCUUAUGUGCAGCACGCAUCACUGAAAAAUACAGGUACUUUUAUGAGCAGAUUAGUGAUAAGACAGGGAAUGUGAGUCAGAGGGCAUUGAGCAUACUACUACAAGAUAUGAUGGAGAUUACAAAUGUUAUUGUUGAAAGCGAGGCUUUUGGGAAAAAUACCUCUGCAGCAGUGGAUAAUUGCUUUGGAAAUAACUUCGGAGCAACCAUCGACUCCCAGCAAUUCAUGUCCUGGAUGUUGGCAGAACCUCAGACAAUCGUAUGGCUUCCAACAUUACACCGCCUUGCUGCCUCUGAGACAGUGAAGCACCAAUCAAAGUGCUGCAUCUGCAAAGCUUAUCCAAUCAAUGGCCUGCGUUACAAGUGCCUUAAGUGUAUCAACUUUGACCUAUGCCAAGAGUGUUUCUUUACUGGACGGACAACGGGUAAACACAAGUACACGCAUCCGACACAGGAGUACUGCUUAGGGGCUUCUUCUAAAGAUGAUGCUAGAGCCUUUGGUAAGAUCAUUCGCAACAAACUGAGCAAAAAGCGAGGGCGCACUAUAAAGCAGAAGUAUUUGCCAAUUAGUGGCGGUACUGAACCAGAUUACGGCAUGCCAACCACUGGUCCUCAACCGGAUAUAGAUACGCACAUCCACCUAAAUCAACUUACCCGAAGGUUAGCUGAAGUAGAAACGAUGACACCACCUCCCGUUGAUCAGUCUAGAAAAUCAUCACAGACAAGACCCAUCUCACCUGCACUGAAAUCUCAGGACCACCAGUCACCUGAAAGACAGGAGCUACAAGAUAUGAUUAACUUACUUGAGAAAGAAAAUAUGGAACUACUUCGAGAGAUUGAGAAGCGACGUUCCAUUGGAUCCUCUGUAAACGAAGAUGACACAGAGUAUGAAUGGCUUCAAUUGCAACGGGAAGAGAUGCAGGCCCGGCAAGAAGUCCUUGAGGAACAGAACAAGCAGUUGGAAUUGCAGCUAAGAAGGCUGCGCUUAAUGACCAAGGAACAACCAGUGCAAUCUGCUUCACAACUCACUGAGAGAGCCACUGUGCUGUCAUCACAAUACAUGCUUGAUAGAACAGCCCCGCCCAGACUGUUUCCAUAUCAACCAACCCACCAAUCAUCCCCAGGAAUUGAUAUGAUUGACAGCAGGCCUGCAACUAGGACACUGGUUAGAUCCAGAAACAGUCAUGAACCUAGUCGUCCAAGUCAACCUCAUGUUUCUGACAAAGCAACUAGACUCCUCCCACCUCAUCUCAUUGACCAAUCAGCACUGCAGUUUCCAUCCGCCAAUACCACUAGGUUUUGUCCAACAGAAGAAGCUCAGCUUCAGGAUCUGGUACAGAAGUUGGAUGAUGUUUUUCCGUUAAAUGUCGACCAUGAAAACUCCCAGCAUGCUCCUUUACAUUUGACCUCUGACAUGUCUGGAUUUCACCUGGACCUAGGUUCCCGUGGUGACAUGAACGAAAUGUUAUCAGCUGCCACCCGUGUUGGGAAUGCAAUGUCUUCGUUGGUGUCAAAGGUUGCUGUGAAUUGUGAUGGUCUCGCGCAGUAUUCAUGAUUAUUGGCGGGUAUUGUGGCGAAGAAACAAGAAACUUUGCUGAUGAAACGCAAUGAUUUGGAACUUCUGAAUUUAUAGAAUUGAAAUUAUGACAUUCCAAAAUGAAUGAAAUUUAAGAGAAGACUUGUUUUUAGAGAUAUAUUUAGUUUGUGUAACUAAACAGUACUGAAUUCAAGAGGUGGAGAAUUUUAAAAGUUUUGGUGUCCAAUGUUCAAAGCAGUUACUCAACAGAUCAGGUAUGUGUGUGUGUGUGUGCGUGUGUAUAUAUAUGUGUUUCCACUAUGCCGAGGCCCACCUUUUUCUUAGAAACUUCAAUUCACAAUUACUUUUAUGCAGAGAAUCUGUCCUUGACAUGUGCAAUAUGGUUAUAAGCACCUUGAGUAAUUUCAUUUCAAUAUUUUUUAUGUUCCUCUACAUCAAUAUUUAUUACUUCGUCACAGAUAUGACAUUUUUUAAAUGUGUAUUUAUAGUAUAAUUAUCCAAAAACAGAUUUAUCUAAUCUUUAAUAAAAUAAUCCCAUAUCGUUUUAGCUUAUUAUCACUUUUAAUUAGUUGAAUGUAAUGUCAUAGGCGUUAAUAAUUUUGAUAGCUUUUUUUUUUUUUCAAAUAUGGCACAAUUAUUAUAAUCUAACUUACCUGUAGAAAGAUGAAGAUAGAUGUGUCUGUCUGUCAUCAAUAUUUUAAGUUAUUGUUAAAAAAACAAUAAUUGUAUAUCAUAAUUUAAGACUUAAGAAAUGAUGUGAUAAUGGUAAACGUAAGAGAAUAACCCGUAAUUCGCAGCGUCAUUGUGCUGAAUUGCGUAUGGGCGUGGUCCGUGACUACCUAUCGGCCGUAUAGAUGCGCUUAUAGUAGCUACAUGUUCACAUCAUUCCACAACGACAGGGGCUGAAAUAUACCAUAGC